ACGAGCGAGAACGUCGUCGCGUUUGCGUGAAUUAAUAAUUAAUUAACUAUAAUAAUAUAGUAUAAAUUUGCAAUAAAAAGAAAGAAAUGCAAACAACUGCGAGCGGAUACAGUUGUAUGCAGUUUUAUUUCGUUUUAUCCCAAAAUGUGUUGCGUGCACGCGCAAGUAUGUCGUGGUGAUGCCAGAGUCAGCUAAAAAAGGCGAUGUAGUAUGAUUUUGCAAGACUGAAAUACAGAGAAUAACAAAGCCAAGUCAAGGUGAAAAUUAUACAAAAAUUAAUGGAUGCGCGAUCCGAUAGCAUACUCAUAUCAAGUUAACGAAAUAUGCUCGUAUUUCGGAACGAUCAAAACUGUGUGAAAAUAAUUUCAAGGUUUGCAGCGUGAGCAAGCGAAUAGAAAGCAAAAGAGCUGGCAACUUAACCAAAAAAUAAAUAUAUACACUACAAACUCGUAACGAUUGUAAUAAUAAACAAUAAAUCCAUACGAAACUAUUUAUUGAGUAACUGAAGACCUGCGGCAACAACGAUAUGAAGUACACAACAGGACCAGACAACGCGCUGCCCACGGGCAGCAGCAGCAGCAGCAGCGACUCUCAGAAUCCAUUAAACGAAUUGCAAUCAGGAGUCACUAGCACACAACAGCAGCAGCAGCAGCAGCAGCUGCAGGAGCAACAAUCCGUAGUAACGACAAGUGCCGGCACCACUGCGGCCGCCACUUCGAAUCCUAAUCCCAAUCCCAAUACCGACAACCAAGCUGAUACCAAUGCCAACGGCGAUGCCCAACAGCCUGCCACACAGGCGGCAACAAAUGCUUUAUUUUGCGAGCAGGUGACGACAGUGACGAAUCUGUUUGAGAAGUGGAACGAUUGUGAGCGCACAGUGGUCAUGUAUGCGCUGCUGAAGCGACUGCGCUAUCCGAGCCUUAAGUUUCUACAGUAUUCCAUAGACAACAACUUGACACAGAAUCUGGGCACAUGCCAGUCGACUUUGAGCAGCGUCGUCAUUGACAUAAAUGCAAACAAUCCGGCCUACUUGCAAAACCUAUUGAGUGCUUACAAAACGUGUCAGUCGAACGAUUUAGUAGACGGCAUGUCCUCCUCCUCAUCGGACAAGGACUCAAUGCACUGCUAUGGCAGCGACUUUCAGAUAACCAGCAGCACAAACCCAACACAGUGCGCGGACGAGCGCAAAUUGUACGCACGCAAGGAGGAUAUACUGCACGAGGUGCUUAAUAUGCUGCCUUUGCUUAAGCCCGGCAACGAGGAGGCCAAGCUCAGCUACAUGAUGCUGAUACCGCUCGCGGUAAAGGACACAGCUCAACAGCUGGUGCCCACCGAGCUGGUGCAACAGAUAUUCUCGUAUAUGCUCAUACAUCCCGCCAUUGGCAGCGAUGAUCGACGUUCGCUAAAUGUGUGGUUACGGCAUCUCGAGGAUCAUAUACAGGCGAACAAGCGCAGCAGCUACUUUGUGCAACCGGAGCAGCUGCAACUGCAAAUGACCACGGGCACCACUUCGGAUAGCUCAUCGUCGUCCUCCUCAUCGCUGGGCAACUUGACGCGCAGCGUUGAUUGGCAAACUAUUGCGCCACCCAGCAGACACCACAGCAAACAGCUGCCCAGGCAGCCAGGCGAAUGGCGCGGCAGCGUUAGCGGCUCCUGUGGCUCUAUCAAUCCACUCUGUGAUAAUUUAAAUGGUAUUACACUGAACGAAUUAGCAUCUAGUCAGAAUAGCUUAGGACUCUCCCUGGGCAGCAACUCGUCCCUGGUCAAUGGCGUCGUUGCUGGCGCUGCAGCGGGCUCCAUUUUGGGCAUCGGUGGCAACGAUGAUCAUGACACCUCAUUCAGCAAGAACGGCACCGAAAUCCUCGACUUUGAGCCGACCCAUUGCGAUGGUGUUGUCAAUGGAAGUGCCGAGACAAGUGGCAUUUGCAGUGCCAACAUUAGCCAGCAACAGACUCCUUCACAAGCGGCUUCCAUUCUUCCUCAGCUAUUGCAGCCGCCACCACCACCACCUCCGCCGCAACUGCCGUACGCAUCCAUACUGAUGGGCUAUGUGGGCGAUCAGUUUGGUGACGUUAAUCGCUGGAGCCUGGACAGCAAAAUUGCGGCGCUUAAGACGCGACGCUCAAACAGCCUGACCACACAAACGAUCUCCAGCUGUUCGUCGAACUCAUCGAACUCGUCUGUGAUCACGGUAAACGACAACUGCUCCAAUUCAACGGAGAAUCUGGCGCAGUUUGCAAAUAAGCCGCGCAGCUUUUCGUUGUCCAUUGAGCAUCAUCGCGCCAACAGUACAUUACCGAACAGCACAUCGGACACCCGCCUGGACGAUUUUAAGCCCAGCUACAUUAAAUUCCAAACGCGCAAUGUGGGUAUGUCUGGGAUUGGCCUGUGGCUGAAGUCGCUGCGUCUGCAUAAGUACAUCGAGCUGUUUAAGAACAUGACGUACGAGGAAAUGCUGCAGAUUAGCGAAGACUUUUUACAGAGUGUUGGCGUGACCAAGGGGGCCUCGCACAAGUUGGCGUUGUGCAUCGAGAAGCUGAAGGAGCGCUCCCACAUACUCAGCAAAGUGGAACAGGAGCUGCAAACGGGUCAGAUGAAGAUCAGUACAGCUAUUGAGGAACUCACAAACAUUGUGCUGACGCCUAUGAAGCCUUUAGAAUCGAUUUCUGAAGAGGAGAACAUUGGAUUGCGUUUCCUCAAGGUUAUCGAUCUGGUCAGUAAUGCUUUGCAACAAGAUCCUUACUGUGCCCAGGAUGAAGAGACAUUGGGUGUGUUCAUGUGGAUACUGGAUCGUUCUAUACACAACGAGGCAUUCGUAAAUCAUGCCAAUCAAUUAAAGGAGCUCAAGUUCAAAUUGUCCAAGAUAAAAAUGUCGAUGGUGCCGAAGCUGCAUCAUGUGAAGACAACGGGCGGCACAACAAGCAAUAUGAACAAACCCAGGUGGAACGGAAAGACCCGCAAGUGUGAUCCCAAAAACGGUAGCAACGAUCGCAUCAAUCAUCGCAAGAACUCAAAUGAUAUGCUGAACUUUUCGCUGAAUUGCCUGCAGCAUCCGUUGCAGCAUCAUCAGCAACAGCAGCAGCAGCCGCCGCCUCAACAGCAGUUUGACUACAACGGAGGUUAUCAGACGCAACAGUACAAGAGCUCCUCCUAUCCUAGCUUUAUGAAUAACCCACAGCAGCACCAGCAGCAACCGCCAAAGCAUCAUUCACAGCAUGCACAGCAGAUGCAGCAAAUACUGCAGCAGCACGCACAACACUUUCCAGCAUUGCCCCAACAGACACCGCCUCCGCAUCAUCGCCGCUCACUGAAUAAUCUAAUUGUGGUCGCCGGUGGGCCACAGCAGCCGCAGCAGCUGAUCUUUAAACCAGGCCAGGGUGUGCUCACCAACAGCACCAAUGACAACCUGCAGCAGCAGCAGCAGCGCAAGCCCAGCCUGAAUGGUCUCACUGGAUCCAAUGGAGUAUCCACUGUCGAGCAGCAACCGAAGAAGACGAUGGCCGCUGUGGUAAUGGAAAAUUUGGCCAAAUUUGAUCAACAUUUUACGCUAUUCUGACGCUGCCCCCGCUCUAAUUCA